AAACCAGCGCUGUCCCACGUUGUGGGUUUACAGAGCUCUCUCUCUUCUCGAAUUCGAAACUCUCUCUCUUUCUCUGUUUCUCUCACCGCAAAACCGCUUUUCUUCACCGGAAACCGCUUUAUUUUCUCUCUGGCGGUCUCUCUCCGAUCGGCUCGGGAUGAGUACCGGCGAGCUCCUCAAUAUCGAGCCCCAAGAGCUCCAAUUCCCUUUUGAGUUGAGGAAGCAGAUCUCGUGCUCUCUGCAGUUGUCGAAUAAGACCGAUAACUAUGUGGCUUUCAAGGUGAAGACGACGAAUCCAAAGAAGUACUGUGUGAGACCUAAUACUGGAAUUGUGUUGCCGAGGUCUACCUGUGAUGUUAUAGUUACAAUGCAAGCACAAAAGGAGGCCCCGCUCGAUAACCAAUGCAAGGAUAAGUUCCUGCUCCAAAGCGUGGUAGCAAGUUCUGGAGCUAACGCUAAGGAUAUAACCCCAGAAAUGUUUAAUAAGGAGUCAGGGCAUAAUGUCGAGGAGUGCAAAUUGAGGGUUGUUUAUGUUUCUCCACCUCGACCACCAUCACCGGUUCGAGAAGGGUCAGAGGAAGGUUCUUCACCAAGGGCUUCGGUGUCUGAUAACGGGAAUCUGAAUACUUCUGAAUUUACACUGGCCUCAAAAGCAUUUGGGGAUCGACACGAGCCUCAAGAUAACUCCUCUGAGGCAAGGGCUCUUAUUUCAAAGCUGACUGAGGAGAAAAAUUCUGCUAUUCAGCAAAAUAACAAGAUUCAGCAAGAACUGGAGCUCUUGAGGCGAGAAGCCAGCAGAAGCCGUGGUGGUAUCCCGCUGCUGUACGUGUUUCUCAUCGGCUUGGUUGGCAUUAUUUUGGGGUAUCUUAUGAAGAAGACAUGACCAAUUGAGUUAAUCCUUUAUUCCUCCGGGUUACCUCUCCUCUGUGGCAAACGAAAUGUAGAAAAGCCAGAAGAAAGCAGGUUGUGUGACUGACAGAGUCUUGUUUGUUGUAUUACCAAGCUUGUUACACUAGGAAAUAUUGGAGAUGUAUUAGCAGGUAUUGACAGUAGAAAACAUGGUUAAUGGGUUUUACUGGUUAUGUAAUUUCCCCAGCAGAACUCUUCAUUAUUCUUUGUGUGACCCACUUUUUCGUGAACAUAUCUUUUACUGUUUACCCUCUUCCCUUUUUUGUAUUUUUUCGGUUGAAUCCCGAAUGGUUAUCGACUGGUUGAAUUUCCUUCUGGUCUUUUGAACACA